UAUCCUUAAUACCAUAUCAAGAGGAGAAGGGCAGAGGGGUGACUUUUUAUUUACCUGAUUGAGAUAUCUUUUAGUUAAAAAUCUUUUUUUGUUUGUUUGUUUGUUGUUUUAUAGGUUGCUAGUUAUUGUACCUGGAAUAUUUUGGGGAUUUCUUCUAGUUUUUCUCCCCCCCCCCUUUUGCUGUGGAACUGGCAGCAAUUUUACCGAAAGUAUUUUUAUCUGUUUCAAGGACCUUGCUUAAACGAUUGUUCUACCAAGUCGAUGUGUUGAGGUGACUUUUGUAUCACGGGAAGCCAUGAGUUCCUUGGUCAUGAAAGCAGUGGGAGACUCCGGUAAUGCAGGGUUCGACAUCAUCCAAAACCGCAUUGAAUCCCUCAGCGGCAAGAUGGACAAGCUCAUCAACAUUCAAGAAAAAGUCCUCAGUCGACUGGAUGGGAUGUCUCAAGAAAUCGAUGACAUUGAACAGGAUAUGGAGCAGAUCAAGGUGGACAAAGAGGAGAUCCAUCUUUCCCCGAGAAUGGUGAACCAGACCCAGGUGAUGGGACGGGAGGUGCGGGAGAUCUGCCAAGAGAUGAGCACCAUCAUGUCGGUCGUCAACCAGCGGUCUGAGCAGCAGGCUCAGAAGCUGGAGGGGAUGGAGAAGCUGGUCCUUAGCAUGCAGCAGGUGAUCAGCUUUAUCGGCGAGACGGUGAAGCGCUCGAAGGUGAUGGAGAUGAUGUUCAAAGGUCCAGCAACUCGAAAGGCCUCCAGGCAUAAAGACAGUAAAGGGAAGCAAGCAGCUAAAAGGAAGGCCUCCCCAGAGACGAUAACAAAGAGGCCUGAAAAGAAAACUACUUCUAACAAAGCCAAUAAAGGGAAGCAAGAGAUAACUCCUGCAUGUCCGCCCAGUUCUCUGCCGCCCUAUCACAAGAUAAAGCUCCGCGGACCAAAGCAUUUCCUCGCAUCACGUAAAUGUGGAAACGUUGUAAAAGAUCACAGAGGCAGAGAUGGGGCUGAUAAGCCAUGUUUAAGCCAGAAGGGCCUGAAAGUUCAAAAGAAGAUGAAGCCUCCAGAUGUUGCAGAUAAUAUCUCGCCAAAGAAGCAAGCUUUGCUUCUUGAAGAAGUGCAGAAACUGAACCGAGAAAACACAGAAAAGUCAGGUCACUUGUUCCCACCGCUGGAUCUGGAGGCCGGGGUGAACUAUAAAGAAGAGCAACCGGAGGCUCCCGCUUGCAACCUGGUGGACUAUGUGCAUGAAGAUUCCCCAACCGCUGUGGCUGAGAAACCCGAGGUUACAGAUGUUACUGAGGAGCAAGUAGUUGACGAGGAGCCUGAGGACAAAGCUGCAUUAACAGAGACAGCUGUGGACGACGCAGUGCAAAAGAAAGCAGAAGAAGAAGAAGAAGAUAAGCUUGCAGUUCCCGAGGAACCUCAGAAGGAGGAUAUUUCUGCUGCUGAAGGAGAAAUAGAAGUCCCAGAGGUGCCAGCUUCCAACGAAGAUAAAAAAGAAGAGAUUGCUACCAGCGACGACCACACAGACACGAUUCCAUGCGCAGAGACUGAGAAGGACCAGAUGACCGUGGCACAAGAGGACAAGGAGGAGGAAAGGGAAGAGCAGCAGAAAGAGGACGAGGAGGAUGAUCAAGGGUCACAGCAUGAAGACUGGGCUAUGUUUAAGGCGGAUGGGGUUGAAAUCCAGUUAAACCUUAAAGAAAAGCUGGAGAAGGAAAGACAGGAAAAUGCUGAUGGAAAAAAGCCUGAAGAUGAUCAUGCCGAGCGCUUCUUCAUCGACACCACCCCUCCUCCGGCAGCUCCUUUUAAUCAUCGCAUUGUGUCUGCUAAGCCCAACCAGAUCCGAACCUUUUACACGAUCAACUGGCAAGAGGUUCUGGGCGGGGGGCGUUUCGGUCAGGUGCACAAAUGUGUUGAGAACUCCUCAGGCCUCACUUUGGCAGCGAAGGUCAUUAAAGCUCGAAGCCAGAAAGAAAAGGACGUGGUGAAGAAUGAGAUCCAGGUCAUGAAUAAUCUGGACCAUGCCAACCUGAUCCAGCUCUAUGCAGCUUAUGAGUCAAGGAAUGACAUCAUCCUUGUGCUUGAAUAUGUUGGUGGAGGGGAGCUGUUUGACAGGAUUAUUGAUGAAAACUACACUUUAAUGGAGCUGGAUGCUGUGGUGUUCAUCAGGCAGAUCUGUGAUGGCCUUCAGUACAUGCACAAAAUGUCCAUACUGCAUCUGGACUUAAAGCCAGAAAACAUUUUGUGUGUGAGCAGAGUGACCAACAAGAUUAAGAUCAUUGAUUUUGGCCUCGCAAGGAUAUACAAACCACAGGACAAAUUAAAGGUGAAUUUUGGAACUCCAGAGUUUCUAGCCCCUGAGGUCAUCAACUACGACUUUGUGUCGUUCAACACAGACAUGUGGAGCCUCGGUGUCAUCACUUACAUGCUCCUGAGCGGUCUGUGUCCCUUCCUUGGCGAUGAUGACAAUCAGACUCUGAACAACAUUUUGGCUUGUCAGUGGAACUUUGACGAGCAGGAGUUUGGCGAUACAUCAGAGGAAGCCAAAGACUUUAUCACUAGACUCCUUGUUGUAAAUAAAACCUGGAGGAUGGGGGCUUGUGAGGCCUUGAGGCAUCCUUGGUUGUCCGACCCUGUUCUUCAUCAUCAUCUGUAUACAAAGAAAACUAUGUGCAGAUCACGGCGAUCAUCAUGUGUGCCCUUGAUUGAUAUUUAAGACCUGGACACCAACGAGAUGGCUUCUGCUGUGGCAACUUGGACCAACCCUCUUUGUCUAUGAAUAUCUCCCAGACUCCUCAACAUCCAAUUUAAGAACCUGAGAUUUUGACUGAUAUUCUGGUUACCCCACAAAUGUUCUGCUGUCAUGUGAUCCCUAUGUUCUAACAAUGUGCAUAAUACUCUCACCUGGCUUAGUUUAUUCUAAUUUGUUGCCAGUUUGUAAAGCCAUGCAUUAUCCUUUUUUUUAGUUUUCAAAUAUCUAUUUUUUGGAAAUGCUCCUGUUAUUCAGCUUUUGCGGAAUUCAUAAUGUUUAUUUGCUUCUAAAACUUUAUGUCAUGGAUCUGCCAUUGAGUUGUACUUUAUUAGUUUUAUUAUUUUCUGUCUCUGAGAAUAAAAAAAAACCCGGUGCUACGAGUAUAUGAGAAAUCCUUAUGUAUCUAAUACUUGAGGCUGAUUUGUGUGCCAUCUUUGCUUUCCUUAGAAUUGGACGUUUGGCUUUAGGCAUCACUCUCAAACAUUGCUUCCUUUCGUUUAUAGCUAACUAAAAAGGAUGUGUUGUGGAGCUUUCUUUGUUCCUUGCAAAAGACUUAGACAUGCUAAGAAAAGGUCUUCUGCUGUUAUUGCAUAGAAGCAAAUAACUAUUUUAACUAAGUCCUCAAUAUUUCUCAAGACUCUGAAUAAUGCAUCUAAAACAAACAAUUUUUUAUUGCUGUAGCAUAAUCUCACUUUGCAAUUGUUAGGAAAAUCUUGCAUUAGUAAAACUACAUUAAUUAUGUGAACACAAAAACCUAUAUGUGGAAAUGGUUGUUUUUAUCAAAGUCCACUCAUAAUUAUUGGCCAGGCUCGCAAUUUAUAAGGAAUACAUGUAACUGAAGGACUUAUGUAUACGUUACACUUCAGUUACAUUUACAUUUCUAAAUGUAUUUAUUUUUUAAGUUGAUCAGUGAAAGCAAUUUUAAUAAGCAGUGUACCACAUCCUGUUUCCUGUGGCAUGGAUAUGACGUGACACAGUGAAGGCCAUUUCUUGCAGCUGCUCAUCAAAAUGGGAAAGACAGAAGCACAUACCGUUGAAGUAAGGCAGAUGUGUGUUUAUCACGUUGAAUGUUUUAGAAAAUUCCAACCUUUAGUUUGAGAACAUUUGUUCAGUGGGGGAAAAGAUUUACUAUUAAUAAAAGGUUUCAGCACAGUCAUUGGUAGAUGCAACAAUUCAAAGAAAUCAAAUGCAUCUACUGCAUUUCUUAAGUUUCUACCAAACAUUUUCCAGUUGGGUGAUAGAAGACUGUUGAGGAACUUUUUUAAAUAAGUAAUUGCUGAUUUCAUGUGCCCCAAACAAUAUAAUGCGACAUGGGGUCCCUUUUUUCUGAGCCAAAAUUCAAAAUGGACAAGUGAGCAUUCCAUUAUAAUAAAGUCAGAACAUGGUGAUAGAAAAACCCAAAUAGUUUACUGUGUGAUUAUGCUAAAGCAUUAAAAGAUGAAUUUUAGUUCAAGGUUAUUAACAAAUGUGGAAUGUGCUGUGUGUGAAAGUAACCUGCGGCAAUUAACUUAUCUAAUACAUACAUAGGCUAUUCCUUUUAGUCAGUGUGUAAAUGAUUUAGAAUAAAGUAAUUAAUUGAUGUAGGCCCACUGUUAAUGUUGUGAAUAUUGCGAAAUUGAAAGUUUUUAUGUCUGCUGUUAGAAUAUAUAGUAACUGCACUUUAUAAUGUUAUUUAUUCAAACAAAGAUAAUUCACUAAUCUAGUUUGGUGGGCAGAUUGUAUGGUCGAGUCUCUUCAUGUCUUCCGCGUCUGUUUUCAGAACAUAUAUUUAACUUAAGAAAGGUUAAAAGUAUGUUCAGAUACACAGUUUAUGUCUUACCAACCAAAAAUAGUUGUUUAGUUUGUGUUGCAUAUAUUUGUGUAAGCCCAUUUCAAAGCUAAAAUGUGACCCACACCAUUGUAAUUUCUUUUUUUUUUUUUUUUUUUACUUUUACUUUUUUUACAGUUCUGUAGAUUUUAGCUGUCAUGUCGCUUGAGUCUUUCUGGUUGCUCAGAUGCUUUUGUAGACUCUUUUUAUGCAUAAAAAACCUUUAGAUUUCCUUCUGUGAAGGUUUGCAAACUAAAAAAGAAUCCACUGCCUAACCAGACAGCCAUUAUGUAGUUUUAGUUUAGCUUAAUGAUGAAUAUUUUGUUGACUGACAAAAUGCUAUGAGCUUGUAAAUUGAAGUUGUGUUCACUGAGUGUUAACAAAUUCAGCAUGUAAUUGUAAAGUGUGCACAUUUGAUUAAACAAACCACUUUAAACAGUU